UGUUGAUGAAGCAAGUGGCGCAGAAUUAAAAUUUCUUCGUUUGACCCUGAAAGCUGGUGGUCAUGAGAGGGGACGUAUAUUAUUUGCUGUUUUUCUUCUCUUUUUUGUCUAUUAUUAGUGUAUCAAUUGAAAGACAUACGUCGAACUGGGCAGUGCUUGUUGAUACAUCACGAUUCUGGUUUAAUUAUCGACACAUAAGUAAUGUUCUUUCCAUCUAUCGCAGUAUUAAACGACUAGGAAUACCAGACAGGUAGCGUUUUUAAAAUAAGUUGACUUUUUAAGUCGCAUUAUUCUUAUGGUGGCAGAUGAUGCCAGUUGUAACGCGAGAAAUCCGAAACCUGGUAAUCUAUAACACAUAAUACAUAAACCCUUAGCAACUAUUUUUAAUAGCCCUUACAGUCGCGUAAAUCUGUAUGGGGAGGAAAUAGAAAUUGACUAUCGUGGUUACGAAGUUACUGUUGAGAACUUUAUCCGUGUGCUAACUGGACGUUUACCUCCAUCGACGCCCACUUCUAAGCGUCUGAACACUGACGAGCACAGUAACGUCUUAAUAUAUAUGACAGGUCAUGGUGGCAAUGGUUUCCUGAAAUUUCAGGAUGACAAUGAACUUUCUAAUAGUGAGCUGGCUGAUGCAAUUGAACAGAUGUGGCAAAAGCGCAGGUAUCAUGAAUUACUGUUUAUUGUCGAUACAUGUCAAGCUGAAUCUAUGGGAAAACUGUUUUACUCUCCAAAUGUAGUUGCAAUCGGUAGUAGUGCAGUGGGAGAAGAAUCUUUGUCUUUGCAUGCUGAUCGUGAGAUUGGAACCUACGUGUCUGAUCGAUAUUCUUUUUAUGCAUUUAAAUUUUUGGAGUCACUUACACCAGAGAGUAAAAAAACUUUAUACGAAUUUUCUCAUUUGUGUCCAUAUUCACUUUGUCAGUCAACUGUAGUCACUCGAUCUGAUUUAUUUGGACGUGAUAUACGCCGUGUCCUCGUAACAGAUUUUUUUGCUAGUGUACGUCAUAUCAUUCCUGGACCAGUAUUACAGUUUAACACAUCCGUGUCGUUGAAUGAAGAGGAUUCGAAUCUGAAUGAAACCUUAACUGAUGCAAAUAUCAAGAAGAAACAGUUUUCUUAUAUUGAACCUAUUGAUCGUGAUCUGUGAUCUUUUUUUCUUGUACUUUUGUGUUUAAUUGUUUAUAGCAGUUUAUGGCAACAUUUUUUUUUUCCAAAUUUUAUAUAUUUCUAAAUUUCUUUUUAAAAGAAUCUCUGUUGAAUACAUUAAUAUAAAAGAAAA